AUGCCUAAAAUUAUUAAUAAUAAUUAUUUUAUUUUUCCUUCUUUCCUUCCAUUUAUUUUAUUUUUAACAACAAUAUCCUCAUUAUUAUUCUUCCCUUUAUUGCCAGUUAAUGGAUUUGAAGCUAUUCCUUUUCUACAAAUUGAUUAUAAUUUUUAUAUUCGUUUGGCACAAUGUGAGGCUAAAUGUUCGGAAAAAUUUUCUUCAUUAAAUAAAAGAAUUAUUAUUACUCCAACCGACAGUCAGUCAAUAACUGAUAAACAAUUUAAUCGACAAAUGGCAAUUGGAUCGUCUUUAAUGCUUGAAAAUAUUUGCAAACAAGGUUGUCUUGAUUCUGAUUCACCUCCCCCUCCUCCUCCACCCCCUCCUCCACCUUCUCAAUCUCCAUCAACUUUCCAACAAUUAGAUACUCAACCAACAAAUGCCUUUGUUUUAGGCCAACAAUUUUUUAAACAAUCUUCAAAUAAAAAUCCUCCUCCUCCUCCUUUCUUUUCUUCUUCUUUCGGAGGAAUUAUUAGACCUUUAUGUGUUCAAAAAAUGUCUUCUUCUUCAAUUCCUUCCUCUCAAAAUACUUUUUCUCUUCAUCAAGAAAAAUUUGAAACUUUUUUAAUUUAUGAAGAAUUAAAUGAAAAAAUUAAAAAAGAAAAUUUACGUUUUGUGGUUUGUUGGAGAAGUAGAAAGGUUUUAAUUAAAGAGGAGGGACAAAGGGAGGAAGAGCCUCAAUGGAUUACUGCAUCUGUGAGUUUUGGAAAAUUUGAGGCUAUAAUGAAUUUUGGCUAG